AAAACGUCCCCACUCCAGAGUCUGUCACGAUGGGCAAGCUGCUAAGUAGUAGACAAAUCACUCAGCUUUCUUGCCUGUUGCGCAUAACAAAAAAAUCCUGUUUACCUACUUGUCUUCAGCAGGUGCAGGAUUACAAAUGUAUACUAACAUUAUGCUGAUUCGAGCAUCACGAUCACAAACCCCAAAGAAUGAUGACGAUGGCCCUGGUGGUCCGUCUGACUCCGUGCAUUGGACGCCCGACCAUCUGCGGAAGGGGAACAUGCAAGGCGCGUUUGUACUAAUUUCGGUCGGUUUAAGCAUCACAAACAACAAAACACAACUUCAAUAUAGAAAGUGCUUCUCAUGGUGCUCCGCAUGAGAAGCAUUGAUUCUAAGCAAGCAGAUUUGCGUGACAACUCUGAGGCGGG